UGUGGCCCUUUGAAGCGUUGGCUGCAUCGCUCUCACAGGCUAUGGUUGCACGGUCGGUCAUUCUCGGUGUCGACCUGGGCACUACGUCUGUGAAAGCGGCCCUGGUAGAGCCCGCGCCCGGCGACCCCUCCGGGUUCGUGGUACUGGCGAGCUGUGCCCGGGCGGCGCGGGCCGAGGCAGCGGCCCAGAUCGCCGCGGCAGGGCCCCAGGGACAGGAGCAGGAUGUGAGCAGAAUCAUCCAAGCCCUAAACGCAUGCCUUGCUGACCUUCCUCGACAGUUGCUCCAGGACGUCUGUGGCAUUGGAGUAUCAGGGCAGAUGCAUGGAGUCAUGUUUUGGAAAACAGGCCAAGGCUGUGAAUGGACACAGGGAGGGGCCUACCCUGUGUUUGAGCCCAGAGCUGUGAGCCACCUGGUCACGUGGCAGGAUGGCCGGUGUAGCAGCGAGUUCCUGGCUUCUUUGCCCCAGCCAGAGUCCCAUCUCAAUGUGGCCUCAGGCUUUGGCUGUGCAACCAUCUUCUGGCUUUUGAAGAAUAGCCCAGAGUUCCUGAAGUCCUAUGAUGCAGCGGGCACCAUCCAUGACUAUGUGGUUGCCAUGCUGUGUGGCUUGCCAAGAUCCCUGAUGUGCGACCAGAAUGCUGCUAGCUGGGGAUAUUUCAACACUCAGAGCCAAAGCUGGAACUCGGAAAUAUUGAGGACCUCGGGGUUUCCCAUCCACCUGCUCCCAGCCGUCACUGAGGCAGGCAGCGUGGCGGGCAGAACUUCCUGUGCCUGGUUUGGAAUCCCAAAGGGGACCCAGGUGGGCGUGGCCUUGGGGGAUUUACAGGCUUCCGUCUAUUCCUGUAUGGCUCGAAGGACAGAUGCCGUUCUCAACAUCAGCACCUCUGUCCAGUUGGCAACCUCCAUGCCUCCAGGGUUCCAGCCGGCACAGACUCCAGACCCAGCAGCUCCAGUCACUUACUUCCCGUACUUUGACAGGACCUACUUGGCAGUGGCAGCGUCGCUCAAUGGGGGCAACGUGUUGGCCACGUUUGUCCACAUGCUGGUACAGUGGAUGGCCGAUCUAGGUCUGGAGGUCGAAGAAUCCACUGUGUAUUCGCGCAUGAUCCAGGCAGCUGCACAGCAGAGAGACACUUGUCUAACUAUCAUUCCAACGGUGUUGGGCGAGAGGCACCUGCCGGACCAGCUGGCCUCAGUGACCAGAAUCUCCUCCUCUGAUCUCUCCCUGGGUCAUGUGACCCGGGCCCUGUGCCGAGGCAUUGUUCAAAACCUGCACUCCAUGCUUCCGUUUCAACAGCUCAAGGAGUGGGGUGUGGAUCGGGUGAUUGGCAGUGGGAGUGCGCUGUCCAGGAACGAGGUUCUGAAGCAGGAGGUGCAGAGGGCUUUCCCUUUCCCAGUGUCCUUUGGACAGGAUGUGGAUGCAGCUGUGGGGGCAGCUCUGGUCAUGCUCCAGAGAAACCUUAACCAGAGGGAGUCUUAGUACAUUCUUUGGCCAAAGGACUUGCAGAUUUUAUCUAAUUAAUAAUUCUCUCAUCACCCUGGGGUCAUCCUUUUCUUGAACAGUUUUGUGGGCAGCUUUUAAGCAAAGCUUAUUCUCAGGGCACCAUGUUGACCAAGAACCCACCUUCAGGGCACACUAAUAAUGCAGCCAGGACUUAUCACCUAGGUCCCAAAUCAGUGCUUUCCAAAAGAGACUCACCUGGGACCUGGUCACAAAUAUAAAUAUGCAAGAGAGAGAGAGAGAGAGAAAGAAAAGGAACAGUAGCCCAGCAUCCUGGUCAGCAGGCUUGUCUGUGAUUCACCUGUAGACAAAGAGAAAAUAAAUGUGGAUUUUAGACACCAAAA